AUGGCGACGACGAACGGAGUAUCUUCCGCCUUCAACACCAUCCCAGAGGCCAUUGAAGCCUUCCGCGCGGGCGAGUUCAUCGUAGUCCUCGAUCACGCCUCCCGCGAAAACGAAGGCGACCUCAUCAUCGCCGCCUCCGACCUGACACCCUCCAAAUGCGCCUUCAUGAUCCGGCACACCUCUGGCUUUCUCUGCACCGCUCUCCCGCCCUCCUUAGCUGCACAGCUCGAACUCCCGCAGAUGGUCAAUCAUAAUGCCGACCCUAAUCGCACUGCCUACACGAUCACGAUUGACGCUGCUGAGGGCGUGACAACCGGCAUCUCGGCGCAAGAUCGAAGUCUCACAUGCCGGAAGCUGGCGGAGGGCAAGGUGCGGAAAGAGCAUUUUCGAAAACCUGGGCAUAUUGUGCCUUUACAAGCAAGGGAGGGAGGGGUGCGGACACGGGCAGGACACACAGAAGCGGCUGUGGAGUUCUGUCAAUUAGCUAGCAAAGCCCCGGUGGGAGUCUUGUCAGAAAUUGUGGAGGACGGGGAGGAGGUAGAGGGCAAGGCGGAGAUGUCGGGAGGCUUUGGUAUGAUGAGGCGGGAUGGGUGCCUCGCAUUUGCAAAGAGGUUCGGGUUGAAGGCCGUCACGAUUGAGGAUCUGAUACGGUACCUCGAAGGUCUGAAGGCGAAGGAAUAG